UUGGGACAACCUAAUAGUUACGCUCACAAAAUAGUUGAUUGCAAAUUGUUCGAUGAUCUGCCGAAUGAUGCUUUCCGAGUGCCUGAUGUGGAAAAGGUGGCUGCGGUGGCUAAAAGGGAAGCUGGUGUACGUGAAAUGGCUUACUGUCAAGUUCCUGCGUUCCAACAUGAUCUUGAAAAAAUAGUGGAAGAAAUUCGAAAUGGAGGCUAUCCAUUGACCGCUUUUGCUCCUUUAGCUCAUCCGCCUUUAAAAUCAACUGUGCCUUCUUCACGAGUACCUGCAACAGCUUCUACGGUUGAAGAACCUUCUACAUCUUCGUUGACGAAUACUCAAUCGCAUGCUGCUGAGACGUCAGAUGCUGCUGCUGCUGCGCCCGCAGCUGCGGAAGAAUCUGUGUCUCAUUCUUUACAUUUUAGUGAGCUCACGAUAUGGUUGCAACUUGAAGACAUGAUGAAUCGGCAGUUGACGACUGAGUUCUCAAAUGAUGAAGAUCCUUUAGUGAUUACUCACGAUCUUGUCAAGCAUGGAUUCAUUUGUGAGGUAAGUUCUACACUGCUACGUCUUCACCAUCUCUUAGUCGACAUAGUUCUCAACGACUGUGAUAGGAAAAAAAGAUUGACUGCACUGACAAUGGAGGGAUAG